AUGACACACCAAUACAACAAUCAGUUCCAAGGUUCACACGAGGACAAGAACCUCUUUGCUCGAAUCAUUUGGGGCGAGCUCCUGCAAUACCGAGUGUGGGAAGAUGAUGAUCAUGUAGCAUCCCUCACUCCCUUUCCAAAUACUCCAGGCUUCACUGUCUUAGUGCCGCGGAAACGCUUGGUCAGCGACAUCUUCGCCAUCGACAAAAAACCGUUAUCGGCAUUGAUGAUGUGGCAUGAUCUUUGA